GGUCGGGCUUAUUCAAUAAAAAGUUGGGCUUUCAACGCAUACGCAGCAUACUUGGCACAUCCUCAAUGGAUAUAGUGCGUGAGGUCUUUCCCGCUGUAAUGGUGCUCGGUGAUGAGUUGGAGCGUAUGCAUCCGCGCGUCUACACAGGCGUUGCACGGCAAAUUUGUCGUGCUCCGGGUGGUGAAUUUCAUUCAGCCGAAACUAUUACACUGCUCUUGGGUGCUGUUGGACGCGAUCUAUUUCGCACGGAAAUAACUUGGAGUAAAGUGAUUUCUUUGUUUGCCAUUGCCGGUGGACUUUCAGUGGAUUUUGUGCGUCAAGGUCAUCCAGAAUAUGUACCCAAGCUGGUGGAUGGCGUUUCGGAGGUUAUCGAGGAUGAAUUGGUAUCAUGGAUCAAUGAUAAUGGCGGUUGGCUUGGCCUUAACACACAUGUACUGCCAGUGACGAGUAGCUUUAGUUCCUUGGAAUGGACUACGAUUAUUAUUGGCUGCAUUUUCGGUUUAUUUGUACUAUAUAUGGUCUUAAGAUUUGUAUUUUUUUAUUUGAUACCAAAAGUGUAUCACCGUCUGACAUCAUAGCAAAAACUAGAUAUGUAUGUAUUCAUAAGUUUAUUAUAUACUACUUAUGUAGAUUAAGUAAUCAUUUUUUAAAGUAUAUUAAUAAUUAAGCUAAUUAGUGAA